UUUGAUUUUCGACACUGUGAACUCCACAGCAACAGCUCCGAAACAGAAACCCUAAACCUAGCGGCUCAAAAUGGCGAUGCCACAGUUGAGUCGUACCAAGAACAUUGCGAAGCGCUCGAAGAAGCACUUGGAAGAAGCCCUUUACGAUAGACUGUUUAAAGAUGGUAGCUCUGAAGUGAGCGUACGACAACAGUUGAAUCAUUUCCUCAAGAGCUACAAGCGAGUCUUCAAAUGGGAGGUCGGUGACACUGUCAAGAAGCUUCGCGACCGCAAGCGCUUCUAUCCUGCACUUAAGCUCUCAGAAACGAUGGCUAAAAGGGGCAUGAACAUGACAAUCAGUGAUCAAGCUAUAUAUCUUGAUUUGAUUACCAAAACUCGAGGAGUUGCUGCCGCAGAAAAUUACUUCAUUGAUCUUCCUGAAACAUCAAAGAACCAUCUUACUUAUGGUGCUCUUCUCAAUUGUUACUGCAAAGAAUUAUUGACUGAAAAAGCAGAAGCUCUCAUGGAAAGGAUGAAGGAGCUGAAGUUGGGCCUAAGCUCUAUGCCAUAUAAUAGCCUGAUGACCCUCUACACAAAAAUUGGCCAGCCUGAAAAGAUUCCAACUAUCAUUCAAGAAAUGAAGAGUUUGGAUAUCAUGCCAGAUUCUUACACAUACAAUAUUUGGAUGAGGGCCCUUGCUGCUGUUAAUGAUAUUUCUGGUGUUGAGAGGGUAAUUGAGGAGAUGAAGAGGGAUGGUCGAGUGGCCAGUGAUUGGACAACUUAUAGCAACUUAGCUUCAAUUUAUGUUGAUGCUGGUGUAUUUGAAAAAGCGGAAAAGGCUCUUAAGGAGUUGGAGAAGAGAAAUGCAUGCCGAGACCUUACUGCUUUCCAAUUUCUAAUCACAUUGUAUGGCAGAAUUGGGAAUCUGCUUGAAGUUUAUCGGGUAUGGCGUUCUUUAAGGCUGGCUUUUCCUAAAACGGCAAAUGUGAGCUAUCUUAAUAUGAUUCAGGUCUUGGUUAAUUUGAAAGAUUUACCAGGUGCUGAGAAAUGUUUCCGGGAAUGGGACUCUGGGUGUUCGUUUUAUGAUAUCAGGGUGGCAAAUGCCCUAAUAGGAGCUUAUGCUAAAGAAGGUUUGCUAGAGAAAGCUGAAGAGCUCAAAGAGCAUGCCCGCAGGAGAGGGGCCAAGCCUAAUGCUAAGACCUGGGAGAUAUUCCUUGCUUAUCAUUUGAAGAACAGGGAAAUGAAACAGGCUGUUGAUUGUGUUGCUAAUGCGAUUUCAACUGGUAGAGGAGAUGGCCAAAAGUGGGUCCCAUCAACUGAGAUUAUUGGAGUUUUUAUGCAGCAUUUUGAGCAAGAAAAGGAUGUUGAUGGUGCAGAAGGUUUUCUUGAGAUUCUGAAGAGCGCUGUGGAGGAUCUAGGGGUUGAGGUGUUUGAAUCAUUGAUCAGAAUUUAUGCUGCAGCUGGAAGGACAAGUCCUGUGCUGCGCCGGCGACUGAAGAUGGAGAAUGUGGAGGUUAGUGAUUCCUGUAAGAAGUUGCUUGAAGAGGUGUCUGUGGAGUAAGUUCUGUUCAUCUGUUAAUUUAUUCUCAGAAUUUUGAUCCUGCUGAGAUAAUUUUGAAUGUUAUUUUCUUGAUAUUCUAUUUUGGUAAUAAAAUUGCCCCUUCUUUCUAUUAGUUAUCUUUGAAAACUGAUAAUGUAGUAUGGGUUAAGACUGCAAAGGGAGGAACAUUGCAUUGGGUCCAUUUUGGUCAACUCCUAAGUGGUAAUUAAAUGACGUAUACUUCCUGUAUUUUGGAGAAGGUUUCUCCUUUUCUUU